UUAGUCAUUCACAAUGGUUGCUCUCAGCUUCAACUCGAACAACUGGCCAACAACAUUCUAUCAACACCACAACAACGACACCGACGUCCUUCCGCCACCGUAUUUCUUACCGUUUCAUGACAACAAUCUUCACUUUUCAACUUUCAACAACGCCAUCACCACCACCAACAAUAACCUCCCAUUUCAUAACUCAAUCAAUUUCCCAACAUUAUCUUAUAAUAAUAACAACAAUAAUCCACUUUCUUCAUUACCAACUAUUGCUCAACAAUAUUAUUAUCCGAAUCUGCCCUUUGUAUCUGAUCCUCAUGAUCCGUACUUCUUUCCAAUGGCCACCCACAUUGAACAAACACAGCCAGAGUAUAACUCAUAUCAGUCUUUGACUUCUCAUUAUUCAUAUCCACUAGUUUAUGAUAUGUUUCCUAUGGAGCAAAUGCAACCCGAUUUCUAUGAUUUUGGUAACGCGUGUCCUAAUGUUUUUAUUGAUCAAGACGUACAAAUGAAGGAGCACGACUACAUUGGCAAGGGUAACGGUAAUGGUUCUAAGAGGUUAUCAGCGCAAAGUAUGGCAGCAAGAGUGAGGCGCAGGAAGAUAAGUAGCAAGACGUCGGAGCUUGGAAAGCUUGUGCCCGGUGGACAUAAAAUGACCACGGCUGAAAUGUUUCAAGCUGCUUAUAAGUAUAUCAGGUUCUUGCAAGCUCAAGUUGGUGUUUUGCAACUCAUGUCGUCUUCUCUGGAACUCGAUGAAGAACUACAAGCGAUGAUAAAAGACCCAUCGGUGCAAGAGAAGCUAUACGUUGCGGAAAAGUGCAUUGUGUCUCAGACGCUUGCGAAAACCUUAGCCGAUUCUCAUGAGGAAUAAAGAGACCAAGAAUUUUAACAAAUUUGAUCAUUCUUGGGUUCAUAGUAGAUUAGUUAGGAUCAUUGAUGUUGUUAUUGUAUUUUUAUCACAGUUUUUGUAAUUGUUCGCAAAAAUGAUGUGAUGCAAA